UUCCGGCACGCAAAAUACAAUUGACCUCACGGCGCACACUGAUAUUGCACUGAGAAAACAUGGGAACUUAGCUAACUGGCUAGCUAGAGUUUUGAUCUUUUUAAGUUAUGCGUGGGAAUAUCGUGAAGAAAAUAUCCUAACAAAAAACAUGGCCAGCACUUUUGUUGCCGUUGGCCUGACGAUAGCUGCGGCAGGAUUUGCAGGUCGCUAUGCUAUCCAGGCAAUGAAAGUCAUGGAACCACAAGUGAAGCAGGCCCUGCAGAAUCUUCCUAAAUCUGCGUUUGGUGCUGGGUACUACAGAGGUGGAUUUGAUCCAAAAAUGACCAAAAGAGAAGCUUCGUUAAUUUUAGGAGUCAGCCCCACUGCUAACAAAACCAAAAUAAGAGAUGCGCAUAGGAAAAUAAUGGUAUUGAAUCAUCCAGAUAGAGGGGGAUCGCCAUACCUUGCUGCAAAAAUAAAUGAAGCAAAAGAUCUGCUGGAUGGGCAAGCUAAGAAAUAGAUCUAAUUUAUUGCACUUCAAAUUGUCCAGUGUGGCCUCUUCAGUGAUAAGCAUAUCUGUCAUCCUUCUAAUAUCAACAAUAAAUUGGUGUUUGUAAAUAUGCAA